ACCGCAGCCACGGAAGGCUGGUCGGCCUAUCACCCCCGCUGCCCAGCCGCGCCAUGGAGAAGAGCUCGAGCUGCGAGAGUCUCGGCGCGCAGCCCGCGGCCGCACGGCCGCCCAGCGCCGACUCGCUGUCCAGUUAAUGUGUUAAGAGCCAUUGACAUUUGAAGAUCAUCUGAAGUGAAGAUAAAACAUCUCAAAAAUUAUAAUUGCCUCUACUUCUCAUUCAGAGAACUCGGUGCAUACAAAAUCAGCAUCUGUUGUAUCAUCAGAUUCCAUUUCAACUUCGGCAGACAACUUUUCUCCUGAUUUGAGGGUCCUGAGGGAGUCAAACAAAUUAGCAGAAAUGGAAGAACCACCCUUGCUGCCAGGAGAAAAUAUUAAGGACAUGGCCAAAGAUGUAACUUACAUAUGUCCCUUCACUGGUGCAGUACGAGGAACGCUGACUGUCACAAAUUACAGAUUAUAUUUCAAGAGCAUAGAACGGGAUCCCCCAUUUGUUCUAGAUGCUUCACUUGGAGUGAUUAGUAGAGUAGAAAAAAUUGGUGGUGCUUCUAGCCGAGGUGAAAAUUCAUAUGGACUGGAAACUGUGUGCAAGGAUAUUAGGAAUUUACGAUUUGCUCAUAAGCCUGAGGGGCGAACAAGGAGAUCCAUAUUUGAGAAUCUAAUGAAAUAUGCAUUUCCCAUCUCCAACAGCCUGCCUCUUUUUGCUUUUGAAUAUAAAGAAGUAUUCCCUGAAAAUGGGUGGAAACUAUAUGACCCUCUUUUAGAGUACAGAAGACAGGGAAUUCCAAAUGAAAGCUGGAGAAUAACAAAGAUAAAUGAACGCUAUGAACUUUGUGACACGUAUCCUGCUCUCUUGGUGGUGCCAGCAAACAUUCCUGAUGAGGAAUUGAAAAGAGUGGCAUCCUUCAGGUCAAGGGGACGGAUCCCAGUUUUAUCAUGGAUUCACCCUGAAAGUCAAGCCACAAUCACUAGAUGCAGCCAGCCCAUGGUAGGAGUAAGUGGGAAACGAAGCAAAGAAGAUGAGAAAUAUCUUCAAGCCAUCAUGGAUUCCAAUGCCCAGUCGCACAAAAUCUUUAUAUUUGAUGCCCGGCCAAGUGUUAAUGCUGUUGCAAAUAAGGCAAAGGGUGGAGGUUAUGAAAGUGAAGAUGCCUAUCAAAAUGCAGAACUAGUUUUUCUGGAUAUUCACAAUAUUCAUGUUAUGAGAGAAUCACUACGGAAACUUAAGGAGAUUGUGUAUCCUAACAUUGAGGAAACUCACUGGUUGUCUAACUUGGAAUCUACUCAUUGGCUAGAACAUAUUAAGCUCAUUCUUGCAGGGGCUCUUAGGAUUGCUGACAAGGUGGAGUCAGGGAAGACGUCUGUGGUGGUGCACUGCAGUGAUGGCUGGGAUCGCACAGCUCAGCUCACUGCGCUGGCCAUGCUCAUGUUGGAUGGAUACUACCGAACCAUACGAGGGUUUGAAGUUCUUGUGGAGAAAGAGUGGCUGAGCUUUGGACAUCGGUUCCAACUAAGAGUUGGCCAUGGAGAUAAGAAUCACGCAGAUGCAGACAGAUCACCUGUUUUCCUUCAAUUUAUUGAUUGUGUCUGGCAAAUGACAAGACAGUUUCCUACCGCAUUUGAAUUCAACGAAUAUUUUCUCAUUACUAUUUUGGACCACCUAUACAGCUGUUUAUUUGGAACAUUCCUUUGUAACAGUGAACAGCAGAGAGGAAAAGAGAAUCUUCCUAAAAGGACUGUUUCACUGUGGUCUUACAUAAAUAGCCAGCUGGAAGACUUCACUAAUCCUCUCUAUGGGAGCUACUCUAAUCAUGUCCUUUAUCCUGUCGCCAGCAUGCGCCACCUAGAGCUCUGGGUGGGAUAUUACAUAAGGUGGAACCCACGGAUGAAGCCACAGGAACCUAUUCAUAGCAGAUAUAAAGAACUUCUUGCUAAGCGAGCAGAGCUUCAGAAAAAAGUCGAGGAACUCCAGAGAGAAAUUUCCAACCGAUCAACCUCAUCCUCAGAGACAGCCAGCUCUCCUGCACAGUGUGUUACUCCUGUCCAGACUGUUGUAUGAAAGGACUAUUAGUUGGGGGCAUCAUUGCUACAAACUCUUCAUUAAAGUGGCAGCUCUAUGAGUGGAAGCCCUUCUGUACUGAGAACCCAUCUAUGGGAGAAAAGUUCAGAUGCUUUAUUUAUUUGAAGGCUCUCCUAGAUGAGUUUAGAAAUGUAGCAGUGUAAGUGGCUUAAAGGAAAUAGCUCCAUAUAUAAUUACAAUGACACUAAUCUCAAGUCACCCAAAGAACAUUCAAAUAUUUCAAUUCUCUAUUCACAGUGGGAAGUUUUUAAUUUAAAAGGAAAAUGCUGUCUUUAGUUCAUGAUAAGAUCUCUUAAUGAGUGAAUCAUUUAUUACACAGAGCAAAAAGUGUCACACCAAAUUGGCACUGAAAAAAAAAAUAUUGGGACUUGAUGAGUAACAGCUUGAAAUGAUUUAAUGCCCCUUUCUCAGAUUUCCCUUUUUGUUUUGUAGUCAUUUAUCCUAAACACCUUUCACUCCUGUAACAGGAAAAGGUGAAACUCCGAGGACAUUAAUAGUGUGGUGGUGGUAGUGAAAAUACGCUGUUGCCGUUAGGGGCUUAAUUAGGAUGUUUUCAACAGUAGUUUCAAACUGACACCUUAUAAAUAUGCUCUGGAAAGUAAAAGGGACCAAAGUGGUAGCCAUCCUCUAGGAGUUUGAAGGAUAUUCCAUACUCUUCAGAUUAAUUUCCAUUUCUCCAAUGAUCAGAAGCAACAUGGAAGAUGAUUUUGAAAAGUCAUUUACUCAACUUUAUCUUAUGCUAAUUAAGACAAUAUUUUAAAACCUCGAAAGACUGAGUUGACCUUUUCUGUGUAGCUUUUAAGUACUAUGUUCAGAUUUUAUACAUUUUCUUUUGCAAUUCUGUAAUUCCACUGAGUGAUUAAGUCUACCAAAGAAUAUAUUGCAUGUAAAGAUGAAUUACAGUCUCAGUGUUAGUAGACAAAGUCUUGCUUCUGUUCACUUGAUUUGGGUGCUGGUAAGAACAUUUGACUCCCUGAUGUCUAUUUUCCUCUAUGUAAGAGCCAUAUGUAAAUGUACUGUAACAAAGAAGCUUCUUGUCCCUUAGUCUUUUAAUUAAAAGAAAUUUCAAUUGAUUUUA